CCAAUGUUUGGGAAAGGAAGAGUUCCCUAACAGCUAUUUAGGGGCAUCACCUGAACAAAGCAUAUUUAUUGGGAGGGCUGAAUGUUAUGACCAGAAGCUUGGCAGCUUUGAAACUGCACCAGGGAAGCAAUCCAUCCACUCAGCAGCAUGUCCAGAAGGACCUAAACUAAGACUCAAGAACAGGCAAAGUGAGUCCCGUCCCCAUUCUUGGCAUUCAACCAAAUUGCUGGAGAGCCAGCCCAACCCCAGCAUGAUGCAAAUAUCUCAGGGAACGUUAGGAUCUCCAUGGCACCAGGCUUAUCACUCGAGUUCUUCUGCAAGUGAUCUCUCCAGUUACGAGCAUGGGUACUUAAGACGGAGCCCUGACCAGUACAGCUCACGGGGGAGCAUGGAAAGCCUGGACCACACUUCAUCAACAUACCAUCCAUGUCAUCUUUCACCUGCAAAAUCCACUAACUGCAUAGAUCAACUUGCUCAUUUGCAUAGCAAAAGAGACUCUGCUUACAGCUCUUUCUCCACGAACUCCAGCAUACCAGAAUACCACCCCACCACAUUCUGCAAGGAGAAGUCCUACUCUAUGGAAAGCAUGUUAUCUCGGGGGAAUUUACAAGAGGGUAUUAAGCAUGCGGACAUUAGAUAUAUCAAGACAGUGUAUGAUGCACAACGUGGUGUUUCAGAAGAGUAUGAAGUGAACUCAUCAAUGGUCAAAAGCCGAGGUAGGCUUUCCAGCCUUCACCUUAAGAACAGUGGCCCUGUGGGGAGAUUUGAACAGAACAGAAUUCUCUCUGAGAGUGAUAUAGUUGUAAAAAGUCCUCCCAUGCCACCUACACGGAGUGACAGUUAUGCAGUAGCAAGACAUCAUGAGCGGCCAAGUUCUUGGUCGAGUUUGGAUCAGAACAGGCAUUUACGGACAAGUUCCAAAGGACCCGGAACACAUUCUGCCAUUGCUACUUGCAAUUCAAAUCAACAGCUAAAAGCAGCAUUUGGCGAAGGACAGCUGCAUACUGUGCCAGAGAGAAGUCCAGAAUGUAGCCCUUUAAUGAAACCUAAGCAUGUUUAUUCACAUCUCCCACAGCCUGGACAACCUAUGCUUCCUACAGGGAUCUAUCAAGUGCCAUCUCCAGAGCCACACUUUGCUCAUGCUCCUCAACCUCCCAACAAUAAUAAUGGAAGGCUUUAUCCAGCAUUAGCCAAAGAAGGAGCUCAUAGUACUUCAUUUGCUGAUCCUGGGACCAAAGCAGGCUCUUGCUCACAGUUGGAAACAAAUGUAAAAGGUAGCCAGAAUAUUCAAAGCAUUCCUACUGUGCCAAGCUUAGUAAACCAAUCCACUAAAGCUGAAGAAACAAGAGAAGGUGGGCCUGCACAAUACACCCAUUAUAAGCUUCAUUUCUCUGGUGGCCCUGAUUUUCCAGUUGGUUCAACAUUAAACAGUGAAGACGAAAGAACUCUUACAAACAUAAAUCCGUCCUUCAAUACAAAUGAUCACCUACCAAAACCAGAGUCUAAAACCGAUGCAAUAACAAAUCAGGUGAGAAGUGGGCAACAAGAUAACUGGGAUAUGCAGGUGUUCAGCACCAGUGAACGGAUUAAAAGUCACACUGGGCCUGCAUUGCAAAAUCGGGGAAGCUCCUGCAAUACCAGUUCUGAUGUAUCCACUCCAGAUACAAAUAAAUAUAAGAACUCGGGUAUCCAGUACAAAGCUGACACAAACCAUAAUGAUAAACAUGAAAACAGACACCCUGUUCAUGCCUCUAACCACAAAAACAAACUAGAAAGCCCAAGUUUUACAAAACACACUGAAGAUGCUGACAGCUCAGUUAUAUAUGUUACCAAUCACCUACAGCCUGAUGAUCCUUCGUCACCUCACAACAAUACUACUGAAUUUAUCAGAAGACGUCAAAAUUCAGUAAGCAAUCAAAGCAGCAACAGUCUAAGUUCUGUGAAGCAAGAUGGCAAACAGAGAUCAUCAGUUUUUCAAAAGAUCAGCCAGAUUGAGCAACGAGAGCAAGAGAAUCAAAAGCCCCACGCCCCAAGUGGAAGCAUCUAUGGUCAGAAUUCAGGGCAAUGUACAAAAGGAGGAAACAGAGCAUCUGUAAAUAGCAUUGAAGACUUAAGGAAUAAGUUUAAUUCCCAGGAACAUGCGCAGAAUGUUGAAUACAGAAGACUUUCAGGUUCUCAUACUACUGACAAAGGUUCUGGCGUGCACCAGUUAAAAAGAGCUGGAAGUGUAUACAGUUCAAGAUUAGGGGACAUUCAGAAAGCAGCUGCUGAAAGUCAAAUAGACAAGACCCAGGAGAUUAAUAACGAGCCAUGUGUUUUGCAAACCUUGCUGGGUAGUGAUACAACAACAGGUAAUUCUCAAACAAUGCCAAAUAAAGAAGACCAUUGGCAGAACACUGCACAAGACACUUUAGGUUUUAGCAGGGCUUACAGAAACAGUAUCAAAGAUGCACAGUCCAAAGUCUUAGAAGCAACAUCUUACAGAAGAAAAGAUUUGGAAAUCAGCCCACCACAGAAAAAAACAGAAAGGAGUGUUAAAAGGCCUUCUUCAGCUAUUCUCUAUGGUAAGUCUGCUCCUGUAUCCCCUCAUGCGCCAAAAGAACGACACAGUGUCACACCCAUGGAGACAUUUGCAAAGAGCCAAGAUUUUCAUAGUCAAGAGGGGACAGCUUUAUCAAACCAGGUAACUCGCAUUGGAGCCAGAAGACGUUUGACAGCUGAGCAGAAAAAGCGAUCAUAUUCAGAGCCAGAGAAGAUGAAUGAGGUGGGCGCAUCUGACACUGAGUCAUCAUCUAUUAGCAGCCAAAAGAAAGGGCAAAACAUCAGCUUCUUGGAACAAACAGUAGCGGACAGGCGCAGAAUGUUUGAAAGAGAUGGCAAAGCUUGUUCAACUGUUAACCUUUCUAAACCAGAGCUAAAGCAGAUGCAGCAGAAUGCCCUUGCAGACUACAUAGAACGAAAGACAGGCCGAAGGCCUUCACCCCUGGAAACUGGCCUCUUAAAAGUGCGAUCCCAGAGCACCUACUUCUCAGGGAGUAUGAUGGACAGCCAGAGUGUUUCCUCUACAUCUAGCAUUAAUUCACUACAGGAGCAUAAUAUGCCAUUUCACAGUUGGGAUCCAAGGGAUACACUUUCUAAACCUGGACGUGUUUCCUCCACUCUUCCACCUGGACUCACAGGCUUGUUUGAUUUAGCCAACUUAGAGAAGAAAAGUGAACACCAGGAAAACAGGGGUCGUGCAAGUUCGUUUAUCCAGCAACGUCUAGGCUUGGAUUUUAAGCCUAGGCCAGAAGGUAAAAGCUCUUCUUCACAUAAACAGAGAGAAGUCACUGCAUUAAAACCAUCAGAAUUUUUAAUGGUUUCUUCGGAGCAAAAGCCUGAUAGAACAGUGUCUGAUCGGGAUUUGUAUGCCAACUCUCAACAACCCACUGCCCUUCAUGUGAGAUCAAGGUCUUCUCCAGCCAAUGAAAAGGCAAGCCAGGAUUUGUUGGUAAGAAGGGAAUCUCUUAUCAAGCAUGCUUCUUAUAGUUCGACCAAUAAAGAACUACGCUCCUCUAGAAGCAAAACUGAAGACCACCCAGAAACAGCACCUUCCGAAACAACAUUGCAACCACAUUUUAUCCACCAUUCUCCCAUUGAAGUCGAGAGGAUGGGUUCCCCAUCAAACAAUAUGGUUGAUCAGAGCAAUGUAAAAAUUCGAAGACACAUAAGAGCCCAGAGUCUUACACAGCACAGUAAUCUUCAGAGCACAAGACUGGCCACCUUACCGUCACCCAGUAACUUCAGUCCCAAUAAAACUAUACAAGAUUCACCCAGCCAGAAGACACAAGAUACUACUGAAGAUUAUUUGUAUACUGAAAGAAGAACUAACAUUUCAUCAGCUGAGGCUAAAAGUCAAAGUGCAUUAGAUUUAAGUGUGCAUAGUAAUAACUCAAUGAAUCAGAACCAUAACAAACUGCAUACAAAGUAUACUCCACCACAGAGGCCUCCACCACCAAAAGUCAAGGGCCUAAAUUUAACAAAAGAAGCAAACAUCUCACAAAACAGCACCAUAUCUGGUCCAAAGGCUCCCACUGGUUGGAAAAACAAUGCAAUGUGGAGCAGCAGUUCAUCAGAUUCUGAAACUCCUUCCCACCACGGGAAAAUAUCCCUCCGUAUAUCUGAGUCUGGUCUCCAGUUAUCUCCUGUGGUUGGCAAUGAUGACGUGGAUGAUGAAGUAUUUGUUAAGGACCAGGAGUUGGAAACAUCGCCGGAAAUUAAAUUUGUUCCCCCAUCUCCACCUCCGUUCCCACCUCCAACUCUGGAAGAUGCCCUUUUGAAGGAAAAGCAAGAGACAAUGCAAACUUUGCUGGCCACUCCGCCCAAGCAUUAUAAAGGCAAUGUGAGAAAAGACUGGAAAGAAAUAUAUCCCAAAACUGUGGAGGGCACGGAAACAAUGGAGACAACCACAGAAAAGAGUGAUUUGAACAUGCCAACUGCUAUUGCACUUAUAAGAGAGAGUGAAGUUCCUCAGGCUAGUGCCUCUUCUUCAUCAGAGAUACCUCAGUCUACAACAAGUUUCGUGAGAACAGGUCAGAGCUCUCAAAACCUCCCUCCAACUCAGGAUGAAGAAACCUCCAAUGUAGCACUUAAACAUUCAGAAGACAUACACACCUAUAAUCAUGUCAGCACAAGUAUGAUGUCUCCCGAGGAUGUCAAAUCUCAGGAGUUGGCCAAGGAGAUUGUAGACAAAGACAAAUCUCUGGCUGACAUUUUGGAUCCAGAGUUUAAGAUGAAAACAACUAUGGACGUAAUGGGGGGGCUGUUUAUGAGAAGCCCCAGUGCUUUAAGAGAAAAUAAAAGGCAGAUCAAAGACAAGAUGAUGUCAGAAGAUUUGUCAUCAUCACACAAUGGAAAGAAAGAGGAUAAGAAAAACUCUACAGAGAACGUAUUGAGCAUCUCCACCCAUUUCUCCAUGUCUGCUUCCAAAGUUGAGCUCCUACAAAAAAUCACAGAUUCACAGAUAGAAGGGAAAGCUGAUGUAAACGGAAAUAAGGUGGAAUUAGUUACCAACCUUAUCCGUAAACUUGACAUCUUGAAAGGUGCCAAGGAGAGUCUUAUAGUCGAUAUAAAGCUCAACAACCGUCUUGGUGAGCAGGUGGAGACAUUGGUCGAACAACUCUGCAAACCCAAUGAGUUUGACAAGUAUAAGAUGUUUAUUGGAGACCUGGAAAAGGUGGUGAACCUUCUGCUCUCACUGUCGGGACGCUUGGCUAGAGUGGAAAACGUGCUAUGCACCUUGGGUGAAGAUGCCAAUGCUGAAGAAAGGAACACCUGGAAUGAAAAGAAAAAGCAACUCUGUGGUCAGCAUGAAGACGCCCGAGAACUCAAGGAGAACCUUGAUCGUAGGGAAAAGUUGGUGAUGGAAAUUUUAGGAAACUACCUCACCAGGGACCAGUUUCAGGACUACCAGCAUUUUGUGAAAAUGAAGUCAGCUCUUCUUAUAGAACAGAGGGAGCUGGAUGAUAAGAUCAAACUUGGUCAGGAGCAAUUGGAUUGCCUUUUAGAAAGUUUACCUAAAGAUUUCAUGGACAAUAGAAAAGUGCCUUUGAAAGAAGAAAGUGUGUCUUCUUCGGGGAAUGUAAAGAUGCUUCCACCAUUGACCACUUCACUUUAAUGUUCUUCUUCUUAGACAACUCAGGCAGAUGUACAUUAACUAGAGAUUCAUUUGAUUUAAAUUGUGUUACAAGCACAGUAAUGAUGGCUAUAAAUCAAAGAAGUGUCAAGUAAGGAAAAUUCUGGAUGUCAUUCAUUGGCAGUGAAGGGAUGACUGAAUGUGUUGUUCCACUGCCUCACUCGUACAGUACUUGGUGCUGCUGGGAACAGUGAAAAUCCACACAAACCACACAUUGAUGGAGCAGGAAGACAAUACAUUAUUCUUGUGUUCACACUGUGAGACUGCAAGCCUGUAGCUAUGUGGAACUGAUGCCUUACUGACCCUGCUUUUCUAUUUAUAAAACUCCUUUUUUGUAAUUCAUUUAUGUACGUUUUGUAUAUAGGCUAACCUUUAUUCUGCUGUAGAGAUUGCCUUUUCAUGUUGUAAUGAAAAUCGACUAAUUCAGUGGUGCCCAGUAAGUAAAAUACUUACUUUAUCGCAUUUUUUUUUUUUACAUUCGUUUACAUAAACUCACCCCUUUUGGAUUGACCUAAGUACCUUGUGAAGAAGAACAAUGUAGUGAAUUAUCUGGCUGUCACAUUCUUGUGCUUAAAUCAUGAAAAUGUCUGUAAAGAUUGUGCCAAUGAAUAAUGUAAGAAGCCACAAUUUCUUUUUAUCAACAAACCUUGGAAAUGCAAUUAGAGCAUAUGAUGAAGCAAGGCAAAAGCAGAGGUU